AUGUCAACUCGUCAUUCACUAUAUUAUGCAUGGUGCUUGUUGUCAUCGUCGAAAGCUGUGGCGGAAAGGUCAGUUCCAAUGGCCGGGACAGCGCUGAAACAAUGGUUUGAUGCGUCGCCAUUAGUUGGGUCUGCUUUAAGCAACUGUCAGAUGUAUCAUGAUAAGGACUGGGAUGCUGCUAAAGCACUAUCGGAGAGUAUUAGAAACGGCGGAUCCAUUAGUACUAAAAAACUGUUUAGUGGAAAGAGGCAGUAUUCAACUAGUGCAAGAGAUAAAGACAAACCAGAAGAAUUAAAAAGUUCGGAGGUUCCAACGUCAAGAAUAUCAAGACUGUUUCAUUAUGGAUCGCUGGCUGCAGGUGUUGGACUCAAUGUUGCCAAACAGAGUAUCUCCGAGGUCGCUAAAGGGAAAUCUCCUCAAUGGAAGUCAAUGAUCCUUUCAGAUGCUAAUAUUGAUAGGAUUACAGUCAAAUUUUCACAAAUGAGAGGUGCUGCAUUAAAAAUAGGACAAAUGAUGUCAUUUCAAGAUGAAAAAUUACUUCCAAGAGAACUAUAUGAAAUUUUAAGCCGUGUUCAAAACAGUGCAAAUUAUAUGCCAAAGAGACAGUUGGAACGUGUGAUGAAAAGAGAAUUAGGUUAUGAAUGGAGAUCGAAGUUUGCUAAAUUUGAAGAUAUUCCAUUUGCUGCUGCAAGCAUUGGACAAGUUCAUAAAGCAACAUUAACAUCCGGUGAAGAUGUGGUCUGUAAAAUACAAUACCCGGGAGUCAGAGACUCUAUUGACUCAGACUUGAACAAUUUAUUAAUGUUAUUGACAGCUUCAAAAUUAUUGCCAAAGGGGCUAUUCCUGGAUAAGACUAUAGCGAAUGCUCGAAAAGAAUUGAAGUGGGAAUGUGAUUAUAUUAGAGAGGCUCAAGCAUUACAAAAAUUCGGGGAAUUAUUAAAAGGAGAUCCUGUCUUUGAUGUUCCAAAAGUUUAUAAUGAACUCAGUACAGAAAAUGUAUUAACUAUGCAACGGAUGCCAGGUACAGAAAUUAUGAAAUUACCAGAUGCUACAACAAAUCAAGAAACCCGAGAUUUUAUCUCUGAGAAUAUUAUGCGUUUGUGUCUUGAAGAGAUUGCUACAUUUGAAUAUAUGCAAACAGAUCCCAAUUGGGCAAACUUCUUGUAUAAUGACAAAGGAUUAACCCCUAGAAUAGAACUAUUGGAUUUCGGUGCAUCAAGGCCAUUCCCUGAUGGAUUCAUAACGAAAUACAGGAAGCUACUGACUUAUGCGACCUUAGGGGAUCGUCCAAAUGUUCAAAGGAUGUCGCAAGAGUUAGGUUACCUGAACGGUCUUGAAUCUCAAGCAAUGAUAGAUGCACAUGCAGAUAGUGUUAUGACCCUUGGAGAACCCUUCAGUGGAGAUGUAAACAAAGCAUUCGAUUUCAAAGAUCAAACUGUUUCAGAUAGGAUCCGUGGUAAUAUUGGGUUAAUGCUUAAUGAAAGGUUAUGCCCGCCACCAGAAGAAACUUACUCCUUACAUCGUAAAUUCAGUGGGAUAUUCCUAUUGUGUGCUCGUAUGGGAGCACGCGUACACUGCGCAAAACUCUUCAAUGAAAUAUUUGCCCUUCAUUAG